GAGCCGUGAGACUCCCCAAUGGUCACCUGGUGCCCCUGAGCCAAGCUGUUGGCCACCAAUCCCAGUACCACACUGUCCACAAGGACUCAGGACUCUACAAGGAGCUUCUCCACAAGCUCCACCUGGCCAAGAUGGGGGACUGCAUGGGGGACUCUGGGGACAGACCCCUGAGGAGGAACAACAGCUACACCUCCUACACCAUGGCCAUCUGUGGGAUGCCCUUGGACUCCCUGCGGGCCAAGGACAGUGAGGAUGGAGACAACAGGUUGACUUGGGCCACGGUGGACACCAAGAAGAGAUUGAGGAUGGACAGUUACACCAGUUACUGCAAUGCCGUGGCAGAUGUUCACGCACCCUCUGAUGUGGACAUCAAGAGGAGCCAAGCAGAGCUUGGGGGCAAUGAGCACAAGGGGAGUAGGAGCUCCUUGGAGGAGUGGAAUGAGCAGGACAAGCCUGAGGUGGCUUUGCUCUUCCAGUUCCUGCAGAUCCUCACGGCCUGUUUCGGUUCCUUCGCUCAUGGGGGCAACGAUGUCAGCAAUGCCAUAGGGCCCCUGGUGGCUCUCUACCUGGUCUACCAGACAGGAGAUGUGUCCACCAAGGCUCCAACUCCCAUCUGGCUGCUCCUCUAUGGAGGUGCUGGUAUCUGCAUCGGCCUCUGGGUGUGGGGCAGGAGAGUCAUCCAGACCAUGGGGAAGGACUUGACACCCAUCACACCAUCCAGUGGCUUCAGCAUCGAGUUGGCCUCUGCCCUCACGGUGGUCAUCGCCUCCAACGUCGGGCUCCCCAUCAGCACCACCCACUGCAAG